AUGAUUCAGAAGGUUAUGAUUGCGCUUGAUAAUGGCGUCUGGCCAGAUGAGAUUAAGAUGUUCAAACCCUUCCAAACAGAGUUGUAUCGAUCGGGAGGUCUAUUGAUGAGAGGUGAACGGAUUGUUAUCCCUGCAGAUCUUCAGCAACAGACGCUGCGAAUAGCGCAUGAGUCGCAUCCAGGCAUAGUUUCUAUGAAAAGAAGGCUGCGGCAGAAAGUGUGGUGGCCUGCUGUGGACAAACAGGCAGAAAAGGUGGUGAAGAGCUGUAAAUCGUGCACAAUUGUGUCUGCCCUCGAUCCACCGGAACCGAUAAAGAACACUAGGAUGCCAGAUAGAGCUUGGGCGGAUUUAGCAGCUGAUUUCGUAGGGCCUCUCCCGUCGGGGCACAAUCUCCUUGUCAUUGUCGACUAUUUCAGCCGCUUUGUCGAAGUCGUCGUAAUGAAGCAAAUCACCGCUACGUUAACCGUUCAAGCGUUCCAUGAGACAUUUUGUCGGUUUGGCUUUCCAGAGACGCUGAAAACCGACAAUGGCCCCCAAUUCACGGGAGAAGAGAUGAAAACAUUUUGCAAACAGUUUGGAAUAGAGCAUCGAAAGACCACUCCAUACUGGCCUCAAGCCAAUGGGGAAGUGGAGCGCGUUAAUGGGAUGAUCGAGAAACACUUGAAAAUAAGUCAUCUGGAGGAGACGGAGUGGAAGUGGGAUUUGCGAAUGAGUGUCCUCAUGUAUAACUCAACGCCACACUCGUCCACAGGAGUUGCACCAUCGGUUCUGAUGUUUGGUAGAUUAAUACGCGAUAAGUUGCCAGCAGUAUCCACCGGCCCAAACCGAUUGAUCGAAGAAGCAAUGGACCGGGAUAAAGUAUCGAAGCGGAAGAGUGCUGAUUAUACGGAUAGUCGUCGGAGAGCUAAACAGAGAGAACUGAAGGCCGGUGAUAUUGUCUUCGUCAAAAGGAUGAUAAAGGAUAAUAAAUUGGCAUCUACGUUUAGCCCAGAAGAAUGGAAGAUUGUUCAUCGCUGCGGAUCUGAUGUAACCUUGCAGUCCAUGGUAUCAGACAAAAUUAUCCACAGGAACGUGGCGCAUCUCAAGCUGCGGACAUCUAGUCGAAGUGACAGUCAAGAGGAAACAUCGGACGAAGAAGAAGUAUCAACAGAGGACAUCUGGAGCAGCCGAGGAGGAGCCACCACUCAGGAAACUGAUGGCCAUGAGCAACAACCGGGAGAAGAGUCAUCCGUGCGUCCACGAAGGAUGAUCAAGAAACCAGGUUACCUAGAAGACUACAAAAUAAAUAAUUGUCAGUGA